AUGCCAAAUGUGUCUGCGAAAAUCAUAGAGAGUUGCAGCAAGGGUGAGAAAUGGGAAGACAUCAGAUUUUCUUCUCUCUUUCAUUUUCAAUAUCUUUCUUUCCUUCUGACUUCUGAGUUUUUUUUCAGUUCAUUUUCCUUUACAUGUUCAUUUUUCUUCCUUUACAGUGUCUUUUUUAUUUUGAUAUAUUUGUCUUUUAUUUUUUCUUUCUUUCUUUUCAAAUUCUCUUCCUCUUUUCCUUUACAUGUUUUUUGUUUUUGUUUUUCUUUCUUUCUAUUACUUUCUUUUCAAAACAAAUUUUUAUUUAUUCCUUCCUUCUCUUCAUCUUUCUUUCCUUGCAAACCUAUCUUUUUUCCUUCCUCCCUUCUUUUCUCUCUCCUUGCUGCACCAUCAUUCUUUCUUUCUUUCCUUGCAACCUCAUCUUUCUUUUUUUCAUUCUUUUCACCACCUAACCUCUUUCCCAUUAUAUAUUUUUGCUUUUCUUUCUACCCUUUUAUUAUUUCUUUGAUUUGCUCGAUGCUGACAAACAUUUCUUUCUUUUCAGGGCAUGUUCCUCUACAUGUCUUUCUUUCUUUUUUCAUUCAUUCAUUUCUGCUAUAUGUAUAUCUUUCUUUUUCUUUCUACCAUUCUUUCAUUCUUUCUUUUCAAUACCUUUUCUAUUUUCCUUUAUAUGGUUUUGUCUUUCUUUCUUUCUUUCUUUCUAGCAUUUUCUUUUACAUGCUAGUCUUUCUUCCUUUCAUUCUUUCUAUUAUCUGCUUACCUUAUUUUUUUAAUAUUCUUUCUUUUGUUCUUUCUUUUCAAUGCCUUUCCUCUUUUCCUUUACUCACCUUUUUUUUCUUUCUUUCUUUCUUUCUUUCUUUCUUUCUUUCUUUUUCAAAGCAAUUUCUUUUGUAA